CGCAUGACCAGUUCGAGUCUCUUGACUUUAUCAGAGCCUCUUCAUCCCACAAGCACACCCCACGAAUCUCAAGUCUCAACUGAUCAUAAUCGCCAAUGGAAUUGCCAACGCAAACUUGUGCUUCAGCCCCAUUCGAUCACGCUAAAGCAGACGUUAUCUUACGAUCAGCUGAUGGCGUGGAGUUUCGAGUUUUCAUGCUCUUCCUCUCCCUUGCCUCUCCGUUCUUCGAAACAUUGUUUGGCCUCCCUCAGGCAUCCGAUGGGACUUCUGAUCAAGAGAUGAAGGAUGGCAUAGCAGUCAUCGCUGUGUCUGAGGACAGCAAAACUCUAGAUUUGUUUCUCAGGUUUUGCUAUCCAUCGACGCUGGCGGAAGAUCCUUGCCUUGACAACCUCACAGAGGUUCUUUCUGUGCUCGCAGCUGCGAGGAAGUAUUCACUAGACCUGAUUGAGAGAAAAGUAUGCCAGGCUCUGGCGAAUCCCAAGGUUCUUGAAACAGAGCCCCUUCGCUCCUUCGCCAUUGCGAGGAACGCGCGGCUCAAGCAUGAAACCAUCACCGCUGCCAGACACAACUUACGGCAACCCUUAAUCCCUGCGUUAUUUGCAGAGAUCGACCUAAUCACUGCAUCCGACUUUCUUGCCCUACUAACAUACCAUAAAAAAUGCGCUAUCGCCGUAAAGGCCCUAAUGAAGGACUUCACAUGGAUGACGAAUCAUUAUGGCAAUAUUGAUAGCUGCAUUUGGCUGUUCAAUCGUCCCCGCUACAACCAGUAUUGCUGCGGACAGGGUACUGACACGAGAUUUUUGCCUUGGAAUACCGCUCCACUUGCAUGGUGGACGACAUAUAUGCAGGAGGUAUACGAGCUAUUACAGGAUAGCCCGUCUGGGGAUACUGUGAGGACGGCAGCGGACAGAACAAUCCAAAAGGUCAGAAGUGCGACCUGUGCUGCUUGCUCUGGUCGGGUAAAAGAAGGCAUGACGGAGUUUAGCAACUUGCUUGCUCUAAAAGUCGAAGAAGCUGUCGCUCCGAUCGAGCUGGAGAUGGAUUUUUGAUCGCAACUAUCCUCAUCUAUCGUGUCCAAUAAUCAUGACUCGGUUAUAUCUAGCAGUUGAACGUUGAACAUCAAGGAAG